AUUCCUAACCUCUGACCUUUAACCCUAAACAAAAAACUGCGUGCAUGAAUAUUCUUCCCCCAGGCACUACUUGUUGGACGUGUUUGUAAGCCAGAAUCUUGCCACGUCAAAAUGUUUUGAGCCCGUUUCACGUCUUCUCAACGACUCAAGACGAUGGAGGAGCCAGAGGAAGAGACGAUAGACCUUACAGGGCCAGAAGAAGUGGUCGAAGAAGCCGAGUAUAACCAAGACUUUUCGGAUGAAGACUCGCUUCUUCCACAAGCAGUCGUAGAAGGAGGGGAGGGCCACAGAAGGAAGCAGCGAUCAUCCUCUGGACCUUUUGUAUCUUGGCUGUCUUCACGAUCCCAAUCCGAUCCUUCAAGACCCUUACGUGGCACACAACGACCACUGAGGCGGAAACUAUGGCUCCUCACACCGAAGUGCAGCCGCGACCGCUGCUGCUUCCUCUCCGCCUUCGGCCUCACGAUUUUCAUCAUCCUCGUAACGUCCGCCGCCUACAUGCACUCCACAUUCGCGUCUUCCUGCCCCUACGGCUUUCUGUUAGACACCUCCGAGAGAGUGAGCGUAAAAAAGGACCCCGUUACGGCAAGCGGAGAGAUAUUCCCGUGGGACGAUGUUCGUCUUCCGUCAACACUCGUACCUAACUCUUACCACAUCCACCUCCACCCAAAUCUCACCACCUUCAAGUUCACUGGGAAUGUGUCGAUAAAUGUUACCGUUGCGAAGAAAACGGACAUGGUGGUCUUUCAUGUAAAGGAGUUAAAAGUAACGCAAUCUUCUGUGAAAACGUUAAACAAUACAGUGCCGAUCGUGAAAGAGUUGGAAUACACGGAAAAUGAGCAGUACUGUUUAAUGCUUGGCCAGGAACUGGAGGUAGGGCAGAACUAUAUUGUGGAAGUGCACUUCAGUGGAGAACUAAAAGACGGACUGUAUGGGUUUUACAGGAGUACUUACACCUUAACCAAUGAUGAUGGUGUCAAAGAAAAGAGGGUCCUUGCCACCACGCAGUUCGAGGCUGCCAAUGCUCGUGCCGCGUUUCCGUGCUUUGACGAGCCAGCGCUGAAGGCGACCUUUCAACUCCACAUGGUCCGAGAGGGGAGACAUUCUACACUCUUCAACAUGCCCAAGGACCAUACAGAUGAAUACCCUGGUGGCUUGUAUAUGGACGUAUUUCAAGAGUCCGUACCAAUGAGCACGUAUCUCGUCUGUUUCAUCGUGUCAGACUUCCAGUCUCUACAGACUUCCACUGAUAGUGACAUAGCGGUGGCAGUGCACGCUCCUGAAGACCGUAUCGACCAGGCGCACUAUGCUCUUAGUGUGGCCAAGACUGUUCUGCAAUACUACGAGACAUUCUUCGGUGUUAAGUACCCCCUGCCUAAAAUGGAUCUGGUGGCCAUUCCGGACUUCGGGGCAGGCGCGAUGGAGAACUGGGGCUUGGUGACCUACCGUGAGACCGCCAUCUUGUACAACGCCGACGAGUCGUCCGCCAGCGACAAGCAGUGGGUUGCCAUAGUGAUCGCUCAUGAGUUUGCACAUCAGUGGUUUGGUAACCUGGUAACCAUGAAGUGGUGGAACGACCUCUGGCUCAACGAGGGCUUCGCCAGCUUUGUGGAGUUCAUAGGAACCGACAAGGUGUCCCCAGAGUGGAAAAUGCUGGACCAGUUUGUAGUGACAGACCUCCAGACUGCGCUGGCUGCUGACUCCCUCAGUAACUCCCACCCAAUCUCCGUCACUGUGGGCCGCCCCGAAGAAGUGGAGGAGAUCUUUGACAGCAUCUCCUACGACAAGGGUGCAUCGAUUCUGAGGAUGCUGGAGUCGUUCCUUGGUAGAGAGACAUUCCUUCAAGGCCUGACGUCCUACCUUCAGGAACACCAGUUUGGGAAUGCUGCCACUGAUGACCUGUGGAAGGCUCUUGAUCAGGCUGCGCGUACUGCUGGGAAAGCCGACAUGAACAUCAAACGGGUGAUGGACACGUGGACCAAUCAGAUGGGGUAUCCUGUCGUCAAGGUAACGAGACAGAACAGUAAACUCGUCCUGGAGCAGGAGCGCUUCCUACUGAUGCCCCCCUCCCCCGCUUGUGGAGGGGUGGUGGAGUUUACCUCCCCAUACAGGUAUGAAUGGAUCAUCCCCCUAACAUACGUCACAUCAGCCUUCCCAAAGGGCCAACAGACUCUAUUCUUGGACACCAGACAUACUACAAUUUCUCUGGACAACAACUCGCCAGAAUGGGUCAAGUUCAACACCAACCAAACAGGCUUCUACCGGGUGAACUAUGACCCCGAUAACUGGGACGCUCUCAUUGGUCUGCUGCAGGAAAAUCAUGAGGCACUUAACAGUGCUGACCGAGCUGGCUUGCUAGACGACGCUUUCUUCCUGGUCAGGGCUGGCCUCCUUGGGUUGGAAAAGUCUAUGGAACUUGUAAAAUACGUCAAGAAAGAAAGAGACUACGUACCCAUAGCAACAGCAUUAGGUGGACUGGGCUACAUUGCAAAACUACUGGAGACAGAAAAUGAUGAAGACCUGUACAACAACAUGAAGUUGUUUAUACUGGAACUGCUAGAGGAGACCAUUGGGGAGGUGGGCUGGGAGGACCAAGGAGACCAACUGACAAAGUUCCUCCGGAGCACAGUUCUUGGAGCAGCCUGUAAAUACGGCCAUCAGCAGUCCACCCAACAGGCACAAGCUCUGUUUAAUAGUUGGAUGCAUUCAAGGAAGAAGGUGUCUCCUAACCUGAAGACAGUAGUGUACACCAGUGGUGUUCAGCACGGAGGGAAGGCGGAGUGGGACUUCUGCUGGCAGCAGUACACCUCUGCCACGGUGGCCGCCGAGAAGAGAAAACUGCUCUACGCACUCGCAAACUCCAGGGACCCAGAUCUGGUGAAGAAACUGCUGCGUUACACUUUGGACAGUACCAAGAUCAGGUCUCAGGACACAGUGAGGACUAUCACCUACGUUUCCCAAACUGCAGUGGGAUACAAACUGGCCUGGGAGUUUGUCAAAAGCAACUGGCAGACAUUCUUAGACAGGUAUGGAAGUGGCUCCUUUAACAUGGCAGAACUGGCAAAGAUACCAUCCCACAGGUUCUCAACAGGCAGGCAGCUGAAGGAGGUUAAAGCGUUCUUCCAGAGUCAUGACAUCAGUGCUGCAGCCCGAGCAGCCCGCCAGACCAUGGAGACCAUCCAGACCAACAUCUUCUGGCUGGAGAAGAACAAGAGAAAAGUCAAGACAUGGAUCAAGAACCACUUCAUGCCUCCGGAGGGGGGAAAAGCAAGGAGUUCUGAAAUUUGAAUCUCGGAGAAUCUUGGCCAAUUUAUGCUGUAAAAAAUCAUGUAAAAUGUUUGUUUUAGUUUUAAUAUGAAGUGAAUAUAGAAUAUUAAGAUUUAUCUGUAUACAGGGGUGAACAAGCAUUCACACAAAUCUUAUACAAAAUGCAUGAAUCUCCUUGAAAACGUAGGAGUCUUUCGAAAAAUUCAUGUUAUGGAAUAUGUACAAAUCAUAUGCAAACAGGCCAGCUGCUUGUAUGUUUUUAAUGUUUCUACCGAUACUUUGACUUUAGAACCUUGAAUGGGCGCAUAACAUUACAAAGACGUAUUUGAUAGACUGCGUUUUUCAUAAUAUAGGUAUGUUUCAUAUCAUGUGUAUUUUCAUCAGAUUCUUAUGUUUUUGUAUAGUGCUUUAUGCAUUUUUGAAUUUGUGUUAAUAGAUUUUGUGAAAUUCAUGCAAAUGCUUAAGCACCCCUUAAAUUGGUGAAUAAAACUACACCAGAAUUUAUUUGUUGACUUA